CGAUCACACUCGUUUUGUUGUGAUAUUGCGCGUCACUGCACACGCUUUCGCUCCAGUCAACCAUAUACCAAAAUAUGCCUCUCAUUGACUAUAUAUCUUUACUUCACAUAAAGAUAUACUCAUCAUAGACAGAGCUCAGCAUUGGGAUAAUUGUCAUGGAUCGACAGGAAGACGCGGAAGAUUGCGCCGUUCAAAGGAUGUCACAUCGAGGCUCAGGGGCAUUAUCUCGGCGAAGGAAUCCCGCGGAUUUUGGCAGAGAGAACGCCUCUGCUUGUGUGACAGCAUGUUUUGAGGAGUUCAUUCCCAAUGUACGAGACGCUUGCCACCAACUACAGCAGCCUGAACAUCGACAGACGUACCUCUGGGAUUUAUACUGCUGCGAUUCUAGUAACUGUGGCGUGUAUAUUGGAGGCAUUGGACAAAGCCCUAAUGUUGACCUAAUCAUUAAUGAAUGCCAGAAUAUCGGCUUUCCCUCGAUUGAAGAUCCUGGGCCCCCAUCGAUGAAUUAUUGUACGUCUUCUACGACUCCUGCAAUCAAUUCUAGCCUACCACCCCAAACUCUGGAUCUUGAUCCUUCGACUGCUCAAAUUGUCAUGACCAAGCCCACGGACUUCACUUCAUUACAUACCGUUACGCCUAGCCAUACAGCCAGCCUAGCAUCACGAACUUCCGUCUCGCUUCCUUCAACUCCGGCCGUACCCAGCAGCUCGGCCAGCACAGGCUCGGCCAUCUCAACCAGUACCGACUCAUCGAGACUGUCGAGCGGAGUGACAGCAGCCAUAAGCAUAUUCUCGGUUCUAGCAAUCUUAGCAAUUACUGCACUCUUACUUUUCCUAUUUCAUCGACGAAAAAGGGGCCCAGGGAGUAGUUCUCUAGGACUACGCCUAACACCAUACGACAGUCGACUCUAUCCUGGACCACGUAGUGGCUCUCUGACACCUCUGAUAACCUCGCCUCCACCUGCAUCGUCUAGACCUGCUCCGCUGACGCCACCAGCGAAACUCAGUGAUCGAAAAUAUCUACAGCCAGUGCAGAGACAGGGAACCUCACAGACCUCAGCAUCACUAGGUGUAGGUGAUAAGACUCUUCCUCCGUCACCGGCCCGAGCCCCCAUCCAAAGUCAGGCUAAAUCUCGACAUAAACGAGUGGCAGCAGCAACAUCAACAAACAGUCAGAUCUUGACAGUUCCGGUACCUCCCCCAUCGUUCCAAUACCCACAGAGUAGUAUCUACUCCUCGAGCAGCGGGCCAGACACUUCUAUCAUUACGAUAGAUUCCAAUAAGGCAAGUUCAAUUCACUCAGGCUCAGCUACUAUAGUUGGAAAUGUCACGCCGCCCUCAUCUACCACGAGAUUUACACGUGCACAUGAUGGGCCACUUGAAUUACCGGACUACGUGACGCCUGCUGGCCCGCCCCCCAAUCGCGCUCUACCUGCACCUCCACCUACUCACCCCAACUCACCUUCAUGUUCGGUCUCUCCUACGUCGCCACGGUCUCCUACAUUCCCAGCCUCUGCGUUAGCCAAUGGGGAUGGCCCUAUAGUCUCCACACAACACGGUAUUGCUACAGCUACUCCAGUCUCAAUAUCAGCCAAAGAAUUACGCGACCUCACCGAAUCAUACGCGCGAGAGACAAGAGAAUCCUGGGGGAGUUGGAGCGGAGUUGGCGGUGGCGGGCCAGGCGUCGCUUCGCCAGGUCGCAAGAAAGGCAGAGGCAAUCAUGGCUCUGCAGACAACAAACGGGAAACGAAGACAGUUACAGUGUCGCAGAAGUUAGACUUAGAGAAGUUAGGUGGACGAUAUUGAGCAUGAUGCUCAUUUGAUUCGACACUGGGAUAUAUGUUAGAGCACGUCUCCAUCGAAUAAGAACUUACGUUACAACGAGGAGCGAUAGCAGGCUAUCGCUCUCCUCGAACUUGGAAAGAUGAAGACUCACUAGAAGGAUGGCCAAUGAGAAGAUAUAGGGGAAUGUAACCCGGGUGGCACAGUCUAUCUACGAAUACGACUUCUAUCCUUGAAAGGCAAGAAAAGUAGGGAAAGAAAUUCCGCGGGGUC